CGCAAAUCAAGCAUUCAAAUGCCCAUCCACAUUGGCAUUGACCCCACCGACUGCGAAUACUAGGACGAGUAAACAAGUGACCAGAGACAUAUUGAUGAAGGUUUUCAACAUGGCCAGCAAUGCGGAAUCGACAAAGCCGCGCACGUUCAAUCCUGAAGGGGUGUGGCUGCCACCACCAACAUACAACCAAGUCGCUAUUACCCCCCUCCUCCCGUCAUCCCGUCUCAUUACGCUCGCUGGCAUGACAGGGUGCGACCCCGCAAGAACAGACAACCCACGCACAGUCCAGGAACAAGCCCCUAUUGCGUACGAGAACAUCCGCAAGGCACUUGCCGCUGCGGGUGCCAGCCCGCGUGACAUUGUUCAAGUCAAGCACUACAUUGUGAAGGAGACAGGCAAUGCAGAAGUCGAUCGUCUAGACGUUGUCGACCGGGGGUGGGGCGAAUUGUGGACGGAGUUCAUGGACAAGACGGCCGACGGUCAUCGCCCUCCUGACACUGUCGUCGGGGUCGCAGGUCUGGCCAAAGCAGACAUCCUGUAUGAAUGUGAAGUAUGGGCUGUCGUCAGCUAGAGAGCGGUCAUUUAUAGCAGCACGAAGUUGCUUUGUGUGCAUAUGGUCCUGUGCGAGAGUAUCAGGUGCUUUUCAUCAGGCCCCGGGGAGGGAUAUGGAUGACGUGUGUCUAUUAAAAGCACAAUUGGGAGACACCUACUUGAAUCUCCAUGAUGCAGACUUCAUGGGCAUUUGAUAGUAGCUGAGCAACGCUCAAUUUCUAGGGAAUUCCAAUGGG